AGUUCCAUCCUUAGCUAUAUACUUUACCGUCAUAGAUCUCCGUUGUUAAGUGAGCCAUUUGUUAAGUGAAUUCUGCCCCAUUAUACCACCUUUCUUGCCAUGGUUGUUACGUGAAUCACUGCAGUCCAUAAGCUAAUAACCCAGCGGUUAAGUGAAUCUGGCUUCCCCCAUUGACUUUGCUUGUCAGAAGGCUGCAAAUGAGGAUCACCUGACCUUGGCACACAGCAACGGUCAUAAAUAGGAGCCAGCUGCACAGCUUCUGAAUUUUGAUCCCGCGAUCAUGGGGGCAUCAGCAAAGGCAGUAAGUGUGAAAAACAACGGUCAUCGGUCACACGUUUCAGUGCCGUUGUAACUUUGAACGGUCACUAAAUGAACCGUGAUAAGUCGACGACUCCCUGUAUUCUGUUACUGAAAUGAAGAGAAACAAGAAAAGGGGCGGGCACUCGUCCACCCACUUAACCUCAGGCAGUUUUCAAGGACUGGGCCAACUGAAAGCGGGGACGGCAGCAGCAACAGCAACAGCAGCUCCCUCCUGUUUCCAGCAGCCUUGUCGUCACUUCCGCCCAAUACACAGGGGCGAUGAAGGCUGGCCGCGGCUUCGCGCCGGGGUCGCCUCCGCGGGACGGUUCGGGCUCUGCCCGGAGGAGCCCCUUCCUUUGGGCGCUGCUCUGCCUCGGGCUGUGGCGGUGGCAGGUCUCCGGAAUGGCCACUCCGGACCAGAAUCUUGUGAGAAGAAUCAAGAAAAGAAAUCAAAUUCUAUAGCAUCGUUUGAAUGGACUAAAGCAGGGGUUUCAUCAUACCGGAGCCACGCCCACCCCAUUGCCGGCAAUGGCAAAAAAGCUCCCAUACGUUGCGUGAUGUCACGUGACGUCGCGAGUUGGACAUGUCUGGACUAAAGAUUAAGACUGUUAAAAGUAAAAGGAAGGAAUAUAACAUUGGUUUCUUUGAUCAAGUUUAAAUUAAGAUAUGUUGCUAUUUCAGGCUAGCCUUAUUUGGACUUUCUGCUAGAACUGAAAAGAUGAUGCGUUAUGGAUGUGACUAUACAUAAAAAAUGGGUCAGAUAAAGAAUUAAAAGACGGUGAAGCAUUACAAAAACCUUUUAUAUUUGUUAUGAUGAAGGUGAAACCCCGCAUCGUCAUGGAGCAAUUGCUGUGGGUCAGCGGUGGUGCAAUCGGGGAGGUGGACACGUUCAGGAUCCCUCUCAUCACUGCGACGCCUUACGGCACCCUGUUGGCCUUUUCGGAAGCCAGGAAGACUUCUUCUUCUGACAUUGGAGCUAAAUUCAUAGCCUUUCGCAGAUCGAUAGACAAAGGUGCCAACUGGAGUCCAACUUCGUUCAUAGUUGAUGAUGGUUCCCUCAUAGAUGGUCUCAACCUUGGAGCUGUGGUGGUAGAUUGGGAAAAGGACAUGGUGUUCUUGAUAUAUACUCUCUGUGCACACUACCAAGGAUGCUCCACCUCCAGUGUCAUGAUAAUUCGCAGCUUGGAUGAUGGGAUCACGUGGAGUCGUCCCCGGAACCUCUCUGAGGAAGUUGGCACAACCAUGUUUGCCCCCGGACCAGGCUAUGGCAUCCAGAAACGCUACGAGCCCAAGAAGGGACGCUUGAUUGUUUGUGGUCAUGGGACUUUAAAGCUGGACGGGAUCUCCUGCCUCCUCAGUGAUGACCAUGGCAUGACCUGGUAUUAUGGGAGACAGCCCUUGCAUGGCAUCCCUUACGGAAUGCCGAAGAAUUACAGUGACUUUAAUCCUGAUGAAUGCCAGCCCUAUGAGCUACCAGAUGGCUCCGUGGUGGUGAACGCCAGGAAUGAGAAUUUCUAUCACUGCAGAUGUCGCAUCGUGGUUCGCAGUUAUGAUGGCUGUGACACCCUUCCGCUGGAGAACGUGAGAUUUGACGAGUAUUUAGUGGAUCCUGCAGUGGCUGCAGGGGCUCUUGUCAAAUCUGGUCUGAUUUUCUUCACGAAUCCAGCCCAUCGUCAGUUGCGGGUCAACCUGACUCUGCGCUGGAGUUUCACCAACGGGUCUUCUUGGUGGAAAGAGCCCUUGCUGAUCUGGAGAGGCUCCAGCGGCUAUUCCUCCAUGACAGCCCUGCAGGGAAAUUCUCUGGGGGCCGAUCACUGUCUCUUUAUCAUUUACGAGAAGGGCGAAGUCGAAUAUACAGAAAGCAUCUCCGUGGCCAAGAUUAGCCUCAACGGGCAGCUCUGAUCAUCCUUCCUGGGCAUUUUAAAACAUUUUCAAAGUUUGUCAUGGCAGGGAAAGGAAAACCCGUGCUGAGACUGGGGUGAAACCAAAUGAACUGCUGUUGGUGGGAGGGGGGGGGAGUCUAAAGAAUGUAACGGAAGGACGUGGGUAGAGCUUGGGCAUGUCCCAGCAGAAGUCGGAGCGGCUAUAGAAGACCACCUAUUUAUUCUCAAGUCGUGCCCUGCAUUGGGCCUGCCUAAUGAGCAACACACUCCUGAACCUCUCUUUUUAUUCCUUUCUGGCCUUCUGAGGAAGAAUCUCUUUUCCUGUGCUUUUCUCACGUUGAUGAACGUGUGGGUAGAUUUACAGAAAUUGUGGGUAGAUCGGGCAGGGAUGGAAACACAAAGGCAGACUCAAUCAGAGUGGUGAAGGCUAAAUUUAUGCACUUUCUACUGACUUUCUCAAAAAAAUAAAUAAAAUGGAAUCAGGAGCAGAAGGUGUUACUUGCUCGACCCCCACUAAAAUCCACAUCAGUGUGCCUGAGGGUUUGGAAGCAGAGGGGGCAGGAGAGCAAAUCACUUUUUCUUCUGCGUUGCCAACGUCUGUGAUUUCAAAUGAAUGUAUUUAAAACCUGUUUCCCCGUUUUUCUAAUGGGACAGGUUGCCUGUGCGGCUUACAAAAAUGUUGGGUCAUGGAUUUUAGAGCACAAAAAAGGGGGGGGGGGCAGGCAGGGAGGCAAACCAGAACCACCCAUACAAGAGUGAAUACAGCUACAAAACUCACCUUGAGCUCCAGGCAACAGGUAGCAUAAUUGAUGUCAUGAGCCUAAUUUUGGGAAGAUAUCUGGGCUCAAGGACAUGAUGUACCCUAUAGAUUUACACAGGCUGAUCCGAAGCGUCAUGGAAUAAAAAGCUUUAGUAGUUGAUAAAUUGAGCAAGGACUUUUUUCAUUUUGAGCAUGACAAUUUUAAGCAAGGCUGCUGAAAGGCCGCUAGUUACAUGGUGGGAACGGCUUAUUUUGAUCAAGGGGUGCUAACCUUUAUUUAUUUAUGGGCUCUGCUUCUUACAGCACCAGAUCCCAGGAGGGCUUGAGCAACAGCCAAUUAAAAGCAAAUCUUUGCAAAAUGUCCUCCAACAAUGACUACAUAAUUGUCUAAACAAGGAAAACUGAAAAAGAAGAGGGGAGGGAAUGGUUAUUUCUGUUGUGACCGUUUUAUUUAUUUAUUUUAAUCCUGAUGUUUACGUGGUUUGCCUUUUUAAUCUUCAGUUUUAUGAGGAGUGCCUUUAUCCAGACAUUGGAAGUAAACUCUCUUCAGUUACUGGAAGAUAUUAAACUUGUUAAUGAAAUUAACGAAAUGUGAUUCCUUUUGUUAAAUCAGCAGAGGUUCAUCUCAGACUUCAGCUUCUUGGACCAUAACUUAUAUUGUAUAUAUCUGUAUAUAUACAUUUCCUCACCCCUUUGGAGAAAUUAAUGAAAAGGCUUAGUAUUUUUUUUUUUAAACUGUUUUAUUGCUGACUGGGUGGCCUUUAUAUACUUUCGGGUGAAAUGGGAACAAAGGAACAUGCUUUAUGGUUUGGAUGAUUAGGAAAAA